AUGAAAAUCCACGCAAACUGGAACGCGUUCGCGGCCGUGCAUUUUGACGCCGCCCGGUACAUUCCGUCACCGGCUUACGGCGUAAACCGUUUCAUGCUCGACCGCAUCGGCAGCGAAAAAGCCCGGGCUACCACCAUUGUCCAGUACCAACCUAACUCGAAGUUCCCCGAGCACGAACACAUCGGCGGAGAAGAAUUCUUGGUACUACAAGGGACCUUCAAAGAUCAGUUUGGGGAAUUUCCGGCCGGCACGUACGUCCGCAAUCCCAUCGGGAGCAAGCACGCGCCCUGGGUCGAUGACGACGGUUGCACCAUCAUGGUGAAACUCCUACAAAUGGCAGAGACUGGCGAAGGAACGACUUCACUGCACAUUAAUACAGAAAAAGAGAAAUCGAAUGGAACGCACCACAAAUUUGGAACCGUCCUGGAUCUUUACAAAAACGCUAGCACUGGAGAGCGUGUGGAAAUGUGUUGGUUGAAGGCACUUAGCUACUUCCCGGAAGCCGUUGAUGCUCAGGGCGAAGAGCUUUUCGUAAUAGCGGGAACUCUCUUACUGGGCGACGAAGCCUUUGGGCCUUGUGGAUGGCUGCGGAUUCCCCCGAUUGGGGACGUCCGCAGAAGUACACUCCGAUCCGGUCCAGAGGGAGCUCAGGUAUAUCGCAAGACUGGUCAUCUCUCCCCGAGCGCUUUGGCCAUGGAAAAGAUUCAAAUCAGUGACGACGAAACAAAUUGA